GUCAAAAAAUCAAAUUUGAUACCAGCAGAUCAAUAUUAUCGUUGUCAAAACAUGCAGACGUUCUUCUCAGAGCCAAAAACUUUGCGGGAAGCUGUCAAGUCUUUGGUUUAUUUCAACUGGUUCGUGGGAAUUGGCAUUUUUCGAAAACCGAACCACAGUGCCUUCGUGCAUUUUGCUAUGCAAUUGCACGUUGUGAUUGUUAAUACGAUAAGGUUAACUAUCACUUACAUAGGUAUGACUGACGCACUACAAAAGCUAGAUUACGGAAGCAUAUCCCUAAUGUCUAUCAUCAUGUAUAAGACACUUAUGUGUAUAAAUUCCUGCGUCGUAGUGAUUACACCAUUGUUAGUAUGGAUCCGAAGAAAGUCGUGUAGCCGAUGUUUUCAAGAGAUGGCAGCCUUAGACGAUGUGUUUCAAUCAAUUCUGGGAAUCGAAAACAAUUAUAAAAAACUGCACACACGCAUAAAUGUCCAAUCGAUCAUCGUCCUCUUGAUCGUGUUCAUAGUGACCAUUUCCGACCAGGCCAUGAACCCAGACAGGUUUCAAGGGCCGUUGAGGAUAUGGGAUCUCUGCAUUUUCGUGGCUGUACAUCAACCAUUACUCGUUAUAAUUUUACUGGACCUCAUCUUCUAUGUAUCCAUAGAGUGUGUCAGAGAAAAAUUUCGAAGCUUGAACGAUAGUCUACUGAAAUUGGCCAGACAAACUGCCACCUUCGACUCCAAUGAAAGCCUGUCUAUAACUGUUCGAGUUGAUGUUAAUAAAACACCAAGCAGUGGAAGGGAAAGAAAACCAAGUCAGAGCAUGGCGACCAACCAGUAUAUCUUUUUACGGAAAAUCCGAAAAUCUCACUGGGAACUCUGCAAACUUGCAAAGAAGAUAAACGAUACCUUCGGAUUACAAAAUUUGAUGUUUAUGGGAAUAUCUUUCGUCAUGAUUACGGGAUUAUUGUACACCAUUUAUUGUGCUUACGCACGGCAAAAUUCAACACGGUACCAAACUUUUGAAAUAACUACGUCCACGUUGUGGGUGGUCGUUUUUGCGUCACAUAUUUGGAUGAUUUGUCACUUAUGCUGGAGUACCAGCAAUGAGACUCAACGGACUGGGGAAAUUCUUUGUGAAUUUUCAACAGCAAAAAUGAAUGACGCUGAACUAAGCAACGAGGUCGAAAAAUUUGCAGUACAGACGUCUCAGAAUCCCGUGAAAUUUAAUGCCUGCGGUUUCUUCUACAUGGAUUACACGUUUGUUCAAAACGUAAUUGGGUCCAUAACGACAUAUCUUGUAAUCCUUAUCCAGAUUGGUAACUGAUCGGUAAAAGCACUGGAAGAUCCCCGACUGAGUGAUACUUGCGAUAAGCUACGCGUAUUGAACAUUAGUCAAUCGGCAAAUGAGAUUUGCAGUUAGACAGAAUAUAAAAAUUCGUUAUAGG